CUGGAGUGGUAGCCACAUGAAAUGGGGUCAACCGUUCCGUGUCCGUCAUGUCACAACGGGGCGCUACUUGGCCCUGACUGAGGAGAAGGGGCUGGUUGUGGUGGAUGCUGAGAAGGCCAACACCAAAGUGACGUCGUUCUGCUUCCGGGUCUCAAAGGAAAAGCUGGACGUGGCCCCCAAACGAGACGUGGAAGGCAUGGGCGCCCCGGACAUCAAAUACGGAGAGUCCAUGUGCUUCGUGCAACACGUGGACAGUGCUCUCUGGAUGACCUACGCAGCGGCCGACGCCAAGGCGAUGCGUCUGGGUUUGGUCAAGAGAAGGGCCAUCUUGCAUCAGGAGGGGCACAUGGACGAUGCCCUCUCGCUCACCCGCUGCCAACGCGAGCAAUCCCAAGCCGCCCGGAUGAUCUACAGCACUUCUGGGCUUUAUAACCAGUUCAUCAAAGGGCUGGACACCCUGACCGGGAAGGCCAAGUCCAGCACUCCAGUGACUCUUCCCAUUGAAGGGAUGAUCCUCAGCUUGCAGGACCUGAUCAACUAUUUCCAGCACCCCGAGGAAGAACUGCAGCACGAAGAGAAGCAGACCAAACUCCGCUCCUUAAAGAACAGGCAGAAUCUCUUCCAGGAAGAGGGCAUGAUCACCCUCGUUCUGAACUGCAUCGACCGCCUCAAUUUGUACAGCACAGCUGCCCACUUUGCUGAGUUUGCUGGAGAGGAUGCGGCCGAGUCUUGGAAAGAAAUUGUGAAUUUACUCUAUGAACUGUUAGCCUCGCUGAUCCGUGGAAACCGUUCCAACUGUGCCCUUUUUUCCAACAACCUGGACUGGCUGGUCAGCAAACUGGACCGACUGGAGGCGUCCUCUGGCAUUUUGGAGGUGUUAUAUUGUGUCCUCAUUGAAAGUCCGGAAGUCCUGAAUAUCAUACAGGAAAACCACAUCAAGUCCAUCAUCUCCCUCCUGGACAAACAUGGACGCAACCACAAGGUGCUGGAUGUUCUCUGCUCUCUGUGUGUUUGCAAUGGUGUGGCCGUCCGCUCCAAUCAAAACCUGAUUACUGAAAACCUGCUGCCAGGGAGAGAUCUGCUCUUGCAAACGAAGCUGAUCAAUCACGUCACCAGCAUGCGCCCCAACAUCUUCCUGGGCACCCACGAAGGAUCCACCCAGUACAAGAAGUGGUAUUACGAGCUGAUUGUGGAUUCGGUGGAGCCUUUUGUGACCGCACAGGCCACACACUUGCGGGUUGGCUGGGCCAUGGCGGAAGGCUACAGCCCCUAUCCCGGGGGCGGAGAAGGCUGGGGCGGCAACGGCGUGGGAGAUGACCUUUAUUCUUUCGGCUAUGAUGGUCUCCAGCUUUGGUCAGGCCGCGUGGCUCGGGCAGUGGCGUCCCCCGGGCAGCACAUGCUGGGGGCGGACGACGUGGUGAGCUGCUGCCUCGACUUGAGCGUGCCCAGCAUCUCUUUCCGCAUCAACGGCUUCCCGGUGCAAGGCAUGUUUGAGAACUUCAACCUCGAUGGCCUUUUCUUCCCCGUGAUCAGCUUCUCCGCCGGCAUCAAAGUGCGGUUCCUGCUGGGGGGCCGCCACGGAGAGUUCAAAUUCCUGCCGCCCCCGGGCUACGCCCCCUGCUACGAGGGUGUCCUUCCCCGGGAGAAGAUGCGGGUGGAGCCCAUCAAGGAGUACAAGCACGACAUCAACGGCUUCCGGAACCUUCUUGGGCCGACCCAGUCCCUGUCGCACACGUCCUUCACCCCCUACCCCGUGGAUACCAUCCAGAUAGUGUUGCCUCCACACCUUGAGAAGAUCCGUGAGAAAUUGGCAGAGAAUAUCCACGAACUGUGGGCCCUCACUCGCAUUGAGCAGGGAUGGAUAUACGGGCCGAUCCGAGAUGACAACAAGCACCUGCAUCCUUGUUUGCUGGAUUUCCACAAUCUUCCUGAGCCGGAGCGGAAUUACAACCUGCAGAUGUCAGGAGAGACACUCAAGACCUUGCUCGCUCUCGGCUGCCAUGUGGGGAUGGCGGAUGAGAAGGCUGAAGAGAACCUCAAGAAAACCAAGCUACCUAAAACGUACAUGAUGUCCAAUGGCUACAAACCGGCACCCUUGGAUCUCAACCACAUCAAGCUCACUCCAGCCCAGAAUACAUUGGUGGACAAGCUGGCUGAGAACGGACACAAUGUCUGGGCAAGGGAUCGGGUCCAACAGGGCUGGACCUACAGCGUUGUGCAGGACAUCAGAAACAAGCGCAACCCCCGGCUGGUACCCUACCACCUCCUGGAUGAGCGGACCAAGAAAACAAACCGGGACAGCUUGCGUGAAGCGGUGCGGACCCUCCUCGGUUACGGUUAUAACAUUGAACCCCCAGAUCAGGAAGCCU